AUGGGUAGAAAAGAUGCUUCCACUAUAAAACUUCCUGUUGAUCAGUACAGAAAGCAAAUUGGCAAACAGGAUUAUAAAAAAACCAAACCUAUUUUACGAGCAACCAAAUUAAAAGCAGAAGCAAAGAAAACAGCAAUAGGCAUAAAGGAAGUUGGCCUUGUACUUGCAGCUAUAUUGGCCCUCCUGCUGGCUUUCUAUGCUUUCUUUUAUCUCAGACUGUCCACGGAUGUUGAGCCUGAUCUGGACCCAGAUGAAGAUUAG